AAGUUCUAAUAAUCCCCUGUUUUUGAAAUUUCUAACCCCAAAAAACCGUUUUAAUUUUGUUGUUUAGAUCCAUCCCCGAUAAAUAUUAAGACCCUCCCUCCCCCAUUUUCUCUCCCUUGUGUUUCCCUCCCUAGUCCAAUCCAAGUCUCCCCCUAGCUUCUUCUUCUUCUUCUUCUUCUUCUUCAUCAUCAUCGAUCAUCAUCAUCAUCAAAUAUUCACAUUCUUGCUGUGAACCAACUGAAACCGCUUCUUGCAGUUUCGGCGUUUUCUUAUCACGCUUUUUGUUCCUCUCAAAGAUCACCCUAGUCUGUUGGGCGAGCUUCUUUGGAAUUCGCGCCGCUGCCUUUUCGCGUGACUCUCCUGCAGAUCUUCAUCCAUAUGAGGUAUUGUUCCUUCCAUGAGGGUCAUCAUCUCUUUUAAGGGGAAUUGCCAACUCAAACCUGUUAAAUAAUGCAGAUCAGCUAUCGCUUGCUACCUGCAGUUCCUUUUUCCGUGCAUUUAUAGUCAGAAGCUUGUAAAUAACAUGGGAAUCCUUUCACGCAGUGCGGUUGCUAGAAAACCAAAUGAGACAAUGAGGCUUAUUGUGACAACUUUUGUAGGAGUAGUUUUUGGAUUCUUGAUAGGUGUAUCCUUUCCAACAUUGUCAUUAACGAAGCUGAAUCUCUCAUCCAGCCUUCUUCCAUCAGUUGAUCUAUCAUACAAUGAGAAAGGGAAAUCAAGCAUGUCAGAUUUUUAUUCUUAUGUGAAGAAAAAUAGUAGCUCAACUCAAUAUCAGAGACGAAAUGAUACAUCGAAGAUUUGGGUGCCCACAAAUCCUAGAGGUGCAGAAAUGCUACCCCCAGGAAUUGUUGAAGCUGAGUCAGACUACUACUUGCGCAGAUUAUGGGGCAAGCCUAGUGAGGACUUAACAACCAAACCUAGGUACCUUGUGACAUUCACUGUGGGUAUCAAACAGAAAAAUAAUAUUGAUGCAGCUGUGAAAAAGUUUUCAGAGGACUUUACGAUUCUUCUUUUCCAUUACGAUGGGAUAACAACUGAAUGGGAUGAUCUUGAGUGGUCUAAGCGGGCUAUACAUGUUAGUGUUCGCAAGCAAACUAAAUGGUGGUAUGCCAAGCGAUUUUUGCAUCCUGACAUUGUGGCCCCAUACGAUUACAUAUUUAUCUGGGAUGAAGACCUCGGAGUAGAGCAUUUUAAUGCUGAGGAGUACAUAAAGCUAGUCAGGAAGCAUGGUUUGGAGAUUUCGCAGCCUGGUUUAGAACCUAACAAAGGAUUGACAUGGCAGAUGACAAAGAGAAGAGGUGACCGUGAAGUUCACAAACAAACAGAGGAGAAACCAGGCUGGUGCACUGACCCACAUCUGCCUCCAUGUGCAGCGUUCGUUGAGAUCAUGGCUCCCGUAUUUUCCCGAAGUGCCUGGCGCUGUGUGUGGCAUAUGAUUCAGAAUGACUUGGUCCACGGGUGGGGUCUUGACUUUGCCCUUAGAAAAUGUGUAGAGCCUGCCCAUGAGAAGAUAGGAGUUGUAGAUUCUCAGUGGAUUGUUCAUCAAACUGUUCCAUCGCUCGGUAGUCAGGGUGAAUCACAAGGUGGAAAAGCGCCAUGGCAAGGGGUGAGGGAAAGGUGCAGAAAGGAAUGGACAAUGUUUCAGAUGAGGGUUGCAAAUGCAGAAAGUGCGUAUUUUAAAGCAAUGGAGAUGUAUAAUUCGACGACCGCCCACUAGCUGAGCAGCAACGACACAGCGACUGUACACAUCCAUGACCUCUGUUGUGCUUAGAACUUACAGAUACUAGUAGAAAUCCGUUAUAAGUUCUGUCAUUCAUUAAUUGAUUAAAAACACAAAGAUGAGGCAAACCCUUCUAGAACUUCAGUAGUUAGAGAGAUCUGCUAUGAUCGAGUGUAACAUGUUUUUACUAUAAUUAUUAUCACUACUGUAUGAUGAUGUUAUGCUUCUUAAACAUAACACACAAGACCAAUAAAAUUAGUAUUAAGAGAAGGCGUUUUUGCCAUUGCCGGAAAAA